AUGAAUGACCAAAAAGUAACUUCAAAUGAGUAUUUCUCAACCACUGAAGAAAACAAGUCCUGUUUUGCCCAACCCAAACCAUGUACAAUGGGAAAAGAGUCUACUCUUUCUGGCAACAUACAGAGGGAAGGCCUUCCUCCAUUAGAAAAGCUCAAGGUUUCAGCAGUGUGUACAGCCAAUGGUGUUAAAUCCCUCCAGGAGCAGCCCCUGGCAAAAGAUGUAGCCCCUGCAAAGGAUGCCACAGACCAAUCAGGAUCCACAGAGAAGACUCAGCCUGUAGAGGGACUGGAAGAAUCUGGGCCAUGUCAGCCAGGUGGCAAAGAUGAUACCACAGGAACAGAAGAAAAGGAGAAAGAUGUGGAAGUAGUGACAGAGGCUCAGCCUUUGAAAGGAAAUGCUGAGACUGAACCUUUGGGAACAGAAGCCAAGGGUCAGCCUUUGAGGACAGUGGAUGGUAAUGAGAGUCCAAAAAUUGCCGUAGAGAUGAAAACUAUAGGAAUAGCUGAGAACAUUCCACCUCUGGAAACACUUAGACAGCUACAACCUCAAGAGACAGUGGGAAAGGAUGAACAGGCCCAGAUUCUAGAAACAAUUCCCAAAGAGAAUGAAUCUCCAGAAAUAUUGGAAGGAAGUCAGUUUGUGGAAACAGCUGACGAACAGCAACUUCAAGAAACAUUGGGAAAAGAUGAGCUGUCCCAGAUUCUAGAAACAAUUCCCAAAGAGAAUGAAACACCAGAAGUAUUGGAUAGAAGUCAGCUUGUGGAAAUACCUGUAAUGAACGAUUUUCUCCAUAAAACUCCUGACGGUCCAGGAAACAUGGAACAGACUCAACCUGAAGGAAUUGUUGGAAGCAUGGAACACCCAUCAGGAAUUGUAAAGACAAGGGCAAAUAUGGACAUGGUCAGGAAAAUUCACACUAAUGAACAGGACCAACACAUUGAAGGUGAGACAGGAGAAAAGGUGGAAACAGAGAUGGAGAGUGAGAAAGUAAGUGAAGGGGCUGGAACAAAAGAAGAAGAAACAGGAGAAGCAGUGGAUCUCUCAGCAGCUACACAGGAAUGA